AUGACCAUUACUUCCUGUCAAGUAGUGAUUCAAUUACAACUACUAUUUAAAUCAUAAUUAACAAGUUUGAGCUUGUAAAUUAAUCAAACCAAAAACUCCAAAACUCACCAAUUUUGAUCUUUCUUCCUUGCUUUCGUGUUUUCUAAAUUCUUCACACUAAACAGUAUGGAUAACUCCCAAAAGAUGAGCUAUCAUGCUGGAGAAGCCAAGGGUCAAACUCAGGAGAAGGUGAGCAACAUGAUGGACAAGGCAAGCAAUGCAGCUCAAUCGACUAAGGAAUCAGUGCAGGAAGCAGGACAACAAAUGAUGGCUAAAGCACAAGGUGCAACUGAUGCUGUUAAAGAUGCAGUUAACAAAUGAAGCUAAGCUAGCUAUGUCGUCGUCGAUCGAAUAAUUUGCUCAUCGUCGUUUUCGUAUCUUUUUUUUCCAAUAAUAAUGCCUCUCUUCAAUUUUGUUUUUGGUUUAGACUUUUCUUUUCCAUCUGUCUUAAACAAAGCUUGUAUUGUUCAAGAGACUUGAAAAUAACAAAAAAAAAAAAAAAAAAAAAAAAAACUCUCUCAUAUGGCUCAUGACGACCCUUUUUUGUUUUGUGUUUUUUUUCUCUUUGACAUUCAUUUAAAAGUUGAACAAAUUGAUAUAAAGUUAUAUAGAUGUUUCAGAAAAUAAGAGGGUCAAAAAAGUCUUAAUAUUAAUUUUAAUUCAAUAGCAAAAAGAGUAAGAUCAUGGAGAGG